AUGUUGGCGUUGGUGGUUAUUUGCCUAUUCGCAUCAAGUUUGGCUGAAGAUACAACAACAACUGAGAGAUACAAUGAACAGUUAAAUACUAUUGAUUCUAAGCCUUCUGCACGUUUAGCUCCGUAUAUAAGAAAAGCACUUCUUAAAGCUUUAAGCGAACUCGAAGAAAGUGAUAACGGUACAACAGUCACCGACUUCGCAGACACCACUGACGAUGACUCAGAUGCUUUGACAACAGCUAGCGAUGACUCUGAACCCCACACAGACAAAAAUGAAGUUCAAAUUCAUUCAUUCGUAGUUGACGGACAAUCUGCCUUUUAUAAUAUUAGUAAUACGCCUACAAUAAUAGAUAACAAUAUUUCUAUUCUAAGCACUACUGCAGGUAAUGUUGAAAAUCAAGUAACAGCGACACUUCCGACAUCUGCCACCUUCCCUGAAAUAUUUCAGUCUAAAGAAAGUGGAGUAAGUUUCCCACAGACCAGAAGCAUUCAAAGUACUGUUAAGUCCAGUAAAGAUAAUAGUGUUAGUCCUAAGAAGACUACAUUUAAGCCAUUACCUUCUACCACAACAACAACCACUACCACUACAACAACGACCACUACCCCGAAACCUACGCAUAAUGAAGAUGGAGAAAAUAUAGAAGAAGUAGGUAAAGGUGACGUUCAAGUAUUCCAAGCUCCUUUAGUUGCAGCUUUUACUGUACAACAAGACUCACAAGGAUUGCCAAAAAAUGUUAUACCACUUUACCAACAAACAACUGGUCAUAACUUUAAUCGCCCUCAUCAAAACCCGGCAAGAAACCAUUUAGGGGCCGGAGUUGUUCCCUCUUUAUCAGGCGGACAAAUAAUUCCAAGUGCAAAUUCAAAUCAACAAGUAUCUCAAAAUGAGUUUAUUAAUCAACAGUUAGCUUUACAAAGACAACUGGAAGAGAAACAACGAAUUCUUGAAGAGCAACUGCGUUUUUUGAAACUUCAACAAAGACAGCAAGAGGAGCUGCUACUAAAACAACAAUAUCUUUUACAACAAAAAGAAGCACAGAGGCAACAAUUUUUUUCCAAUACACCCAAAUUUCAAAGUCAAAGUUCUGUCAAUAAUUUUCAAAUUCAGAAAAAUAUUCCUCAGAACCAAUUCACAAAUCAGCAAAAUUCACCUUUUCGAAAUAAUAAUGCUCAGGUAUCGAUUGUACCGAGCUUUCCAAUUGAAGCUAGUAGCACAAUAACAAACCAGCAGCUGCCCAAUCGCGAGGCUGUGGACUUCCUGAUACAUUUACGUAGUCAACAACCUGGUCAGUUUCCGUUACAAGAUAACCAUUUACCACAAGGAAUAAGUAACUUCCUUCAACCAAACACUAACUCGAAUUUCCAACAUGGUAAUAACUUCAAUCAAGUAAGGGCUGUUAGUGAGCAAUUUGGUCAACAAAAACAGCAUCACCGAGUAUUUAGGCAAGAAAACGGUGUAGGAAAUUUUGGACUCAAUAAUCAGAAUUAUAACACAUUUAAUACUUUCAACCCGAACCAUGCAAACCGUUUCUUUCCGCAGAAUUUACAAAAUCCAUACAACGUAGAUGCAGAAUUAAAACAGUUAUUGCUACAAAACGGAUUAAAUGGAAGAAACCAAGAAGACAUAAAUAUCGUAUCAAAAGUCUUAUCGCUAAAUCAUGGCGUUUCGUUGAAUAAUCAUCUCUCCAACCUCAGAGCGUCAUUUGACAGCCGAAGACACACACGGCCACUUUUAUAA